CCAACAUAAGUGAAUUACAUACGAGAGUGACAACUUGUUUUUUUUGUUGUUUGUCUGAAGAGUAAAGUGAAAACUGCGUUUCUUAUACAAUUAUUUAGCAAGAACAAUCAUGAAGUUCCAAUAUAAAGAGGAGCAUGCAUUUGAGAAGCGUCGCGCCGAAGGCGACAAGAUCCGUCGUAAAUAUCCCGACCGUGUACCCGUGAUCGUUGAGAAGGCACCAAAGGCGCGCAUCGGUGAUUUGGAUAAAAAGAAGUAUCUGGUGCCAUCUGAUUUGACUGUCGGCCAAUUCUACUUCCUUAUACGCAAACGUAUUCACCUACGUCCCGAGGAUGCACUCUUCUUCUUCGUCAACAAUGUCAUUCCCCCAACAUCUGCAACCAUGGGCUCCCUGUAUCAGGAACACCACGAGGAGGAUUAUUUCCUGUACAUAGCUUACUCUGACGAGAAUGUCUAUGGCAUGGAUAAGUAGAAAGUGACUGCAUCUCCCUAGCGGCAGGCGUUUUAACACCACGCAACAACAACCUAUACAGAAACAUAUAUUUUACGUUUAGCAUGCAGUUUAAAAUAUAAUGCAAAACAAAACAAAACAAAAACUGAUAAAAAAAAAAAAAACUGAACGAUAGCUAAACAAAUUGUGCAGGUCUAAGGCGGUAAAAUAUUGAAAAAACAAAACAAAAAACCAACAAAAACAACUUAAAAUUAUCUUAAAAAAUUAAAA